CUGUUACACUUUCUUCUUCUACUUUUUUUCCUUGUCCAACAUUUAGAAUAGAGUUUCAGUAUUUUUUCUUGAAUUUAUUAUAAUAAUAAUUAUAGCAAGUAAAUGUAAUUGAAGUUUACAAAAAAACUUAAUUUACGUCAGACGAUGUUUGAAGAACAAUAAAAGUAAAGCAAUGACAAGUUUCGGUGGAAAAAUCGCAUAGCGGAAUUUCAUAACCUCUUUAUUUGAAUGACAAUAACAAUAAUAAUUUUAAAAAAUGGCCGAAUAUUUAAGAGGAGUGUUGCAAGUUAUUGUUGGACAGAUUUGUCAAUCUAUAGGCUGGCGUUCAGUUCAUUCAAGUCCUUUAGAAUUUAUGGUUGAUCUGUUACACGAGUACUUGAGACAACUAGCCCAUAUUUCUAACGAGUAUGCUGAAGUACUUGGACGUACGGAUGUAAAUCUCGACGACGUUGGUCUCGCAUUUCAACACAUGAACAUCGAUCUCAAUCAACUCGCAGAGUAUGUCGAAAACUUCGAGUCAAUUCCAUGUGCAAUUCAAAUUCCAAAGUACCCGGUACUCCGUGAGGAUCAUUUGAAUUUCAUGAAACCUGGUAGUCAUGAAGUUAUUAAACGUCCGAUGCACGUGCCUGAAUAUUUACCUCCAAUGUAUCCCAACCUUGAAGAAUUGUCAGCUGUAGAAGAAAAGAAAAUAAUAUUUAAAAAUGAUGAAAAUAUAAAUUUGAAUCAAAAUAUAAAUCCGUCAAUUGGUUUGUCAGUCCAGAAUCAAAUGAGUACGGUUAUCAAUAACCAAAUACUUGGGGUAAUAAAACGUCCUGGAGAUCCUCUGUUUAAUAGUUUUGGUCCAGAUAAACGUAUUAAAAUGAGCGAUGAAACUAAAAAGUUGCGUGAGAUCCAGAGUGUGAUGAUGACACCAUCAGGUUUCUUGUCACCGGCUCGUGAAGGUAAAUUACCUGAAUCAUGUUCUCCAAGUGAGGUGUCUAUAGUUUAUGAUAAAAUGGGGGAGCUUAAAAAUGAUACUAAUGAAUAUCACGGAAAUUCUUUAUUAUCUAUAGAUACGCCAGGAUUUAGCGGUAACAAUGAUGUAGAGCUUAUUAGAUUGCCAACUCCAUGUUAUAUAUAUUCACAGGAUGAUAUGACACCACCAAGUACUCCAGAAAUACCCAAGACACCUGAGAUAAAAAUCUCCAAAGUUGAAUCACUUGCGUCAGUAUCACAAGAACAAUCACUUUUUAAUGAUUUUGGCAUCGCACCAACAAUGCAUUUUUCUAUGUAUCCGGUUUCGCCUACUGAUGGUCCGGGAUUAAUUCCUUAUGUAAUUAAUUCCCCUUCAAUUACAAGUCUACCUUUGCCAUCAAUUCAAUCUGAUAUGAAGAGUAUAAAUGCAAACAUAAUAUAUGAUUCAAGUAGUAAGGAAGUAAAAACUGGCAAGCGCCAAUCAUAUAUCACAAAAAGUCUGUUGCCAUCAUAUUCAAAAGUUGGGAAUGCUAUUGAGCUUUCAUCGAUUUCGCGACUGGAGAAUCAAUAUUCCCCAACGAUGAGUCCUAAAAAACUUGAUAAGAGUUCGAAAAAACAUAAAAAUGACACGAAGGAUAAAUCCCUAACGAAGACAGACAUGAAAGAAAAAAAUUGUGUGGAAAUUAGUACGGAAAAAAAAAAAAAUAAUAAUAAUAAUAAUAAGAAGAUGAAAAAAAUUAAAAUAGAAGACAACGGCGUAAAAGUUACAUUUGCACUUGAUUCGCCUGCAUCAAAACCUACGACAAUAAAAAAAUCUCGAUCUAAAAUUGACGAAAAGAAAGAAGAGUUAAAAACUAUAAAUAGUGUAAGAUCUCAUUUUCAGUUAAAAUUUGAUUCUACUGCAUCAAAACAUAUGACGCCAAAAAAUUCAGUUAAGAAAACCGCCGUUAAAAUAAAAAACAAAAACAAUGGAAAUAAAAAUAACAUUUUUAGUAGUCAAUUCAAAGGGUUAAAAGUUAAUCCGAAUGAAAUAAAACCCCUGAUUACGGAAAAUCAAUUUGUUGAGAAAAUAAUUUUAAAACCAUUGCCAAAAAAAGUCGAUGAAGUUAAAACUGAAUCCAGCUUAUUAGAGCCGUUCGCUUCAGCUUAUAAACCAGUUAAAGAGAAGAUUAAAAAAGUUAAAUCCGAUGAUUGUAUGAAGAAAAGUUUAAAAGGUAACAAAUCAAUAAGAAAGCGUGUGAAAGAAACUGUUCCAGUUAUUUCUCCAACUAUAGUUGGUCCAGAUGGACAGCAAAUUUGGAUCUGUCCAGCUUGCGGUAGAGAAGAUAAUGGAACUCCGAUGAUUGGUUGCGAUGACUGUGACGCUUGGUACCACUGGAUUUGUAUCGGGAUGCACGUACCACCCCCUCAUGAUGUCAAUUGGUACUGCAAGCGAUGUAUUACUAAAAGACUAAAGUCUAUUUCUAAUCACAAGAACCAGAGAAAAGUUUAAGUUUUAUCCAUGAACUAAAAAUCGGUCGAUAAUAGAAUUUCUUUCUCAUAUUUUCAGUAGGCUUAGCUAAUACUCUACAGUAAAUUACUUAUUUUAUAAGUAUAUAUUUUAUUAGUUUUUAUUUAAAGUUUAUAAAACAAAAUUACAACUUUACUUUUGUUUAAAAAUAAAAAAUUAUUUUCGUUACGAAAACAUAAUCAUGUACUUUUGUAUGGAUAUAUUC